AUGGCGCGCCCACAAGAAGGCCACGGCCACGAACACGACCACCACGUUGGCCAUUAUACGCAUCCCAAAUACACAUACGAGUACAAAGUGGUGGACCCUCACACGGGAGACAGCAAGUUCCAGCACGAGACCCGUGAUGGUGACACCGUGAGUGGAGUCUACUACCUCCACGACGCCGACGGCAAAACUCGUAUCGUUGAGUACACCGCCGACCCUCACAAUGGGUAA